AUGUGGGACCGCCUGGCCGAGUCGCGCUGGAUGACCCCCCAUGCUUUCCAGUACUACUGUGCCGUCAGCGGCAUCCUCUCCUCUGUCCUCUUCGGGCUGGGAUUCGUCGUCGCGGAUUUCAUGCCCCCGAUCAAACCAUGGUGGACGGCAGAGCAAACGGCCCACCACUACCAGGUGCACACGAACCGUGUUCGUGUCGGCGCAUCGUUGAUCGUUCUCUCUGGCCUGUUCUACAUGCCCUUCUGUGCCGCCAUUUCGAGCCAGAUGCGUCGUGUCCCGAACCUGCACUAUGUCGUCCAACAACUCCAAUUGAGUGCCGCCGCUGCGGGCCUCUGGACUUUCAUCCUGCCCGGAAUCCUCUUGGCGACUACCUCCUAUCGCCCCGAGCGCAACGUGGAAAUCACUCAAGCCCUGAACGACCUUUUCUGGAUCUGUACGCUGAUGCCAUGGCCGACAUUCAUGGUGCAGAACUUCUGCUUCUCCUACGCCAUCAUCAUCGACCAGCGGAAGAAGCCCUUGUUCCCAAAGGAGCUCGCCAUCUACAACCUGAUCGUCCCCUUCUUCUGGUCAGGCUCCACGGGCAUCCAAUUCAGCAAAUACGGCGCUGGUGCCUACAACGGGGGGAUCAGCUUCUGGAUGCUCGGCGUCAGCUUCUGCUUGCAGCUCAUCAUCGACGCCAUCUUCUUGAUCCGUGCCAUUCGGUCUGAGCCUGAGGGCGGCGAGCAGAUUGUCGACAUGUUCCCGAACAAGACCCAGAAGGAUGUUUCUGAGUAA